GUUUGCACGCCGAGUCCCUCCGGGGCCACGGUCGGGGUCGGUAGCUGUGGGGGUGUCGCGGUCGGUUGCGGUAAAAACUACGCACGUAAAAAUUCGCAAAAAUGGUGUCUGGCGCAGAUGAACGUCUCGGAAUGGGAAGGUAAACGAAGACUGGACCAGUCAAAACGCUAUUGGCUCGCUGUCUACCCUUUGUUGACAAGGCCGGAUCGGAUCAAUGGUGGCCCAGAGACCGAUGGUGCAUGAUGGUGGAGCAUAAAACGCGACCGAUCGGUAUCCGGUGACGUCACCAAUCCUCGUCGUCCGCCCGUCCAUGGGCUGGCCGCGUCACCCGCGACCCAAGCGCAGUUUGUUGGAGCACCUGCUGCGAUACGUCUGCUGUAACAGUGAAGAGGACUGGAUCGACUGGUGGGAGGAGAAGGAUAGAGAGCGGGAGGAGGAGCUGCGGCGCUGGGAGGAAAGCUUAUGGACGCCAGGUGGCAGGCCUGUAACGGUGAGAGACUGGCCGGGGGAAGUGGCGUUCGAGUCGUGGCAGCUGCAGUACGACGGACUGACUGAAACGGGCGCUGCCUUCAGGGGCCAGAAGCUGAGGAUCAACAAGCCUCCCGAGGUCAAGAAUCAAAUGGUGACCAUACACCGUCCUCGACAAAUUAACCCCGACCUGCUGGAAGAGCGAGAGCGCCAGUACUACGACGCUCUCUCCCGUGACGUCAACGGAGCCCGUGACGUCACCAAACUCACCACAGUUGACCAACGCGACAUUGAAGAACAGGUGACUGAGCGGCACCACCAUCGUCCUCCCGAGCCCCCCUCGGAGCUGGAUGACACGGUCCGCGCCUUUCUGGAUCACGUGAUCACCCUAGCGGUCACCCCACCCCAGCCGCCGGAGUUAUCAGAACAUGGGACCAGCGGAGGUGGUCCCGGGCCGCCCCUGCCGCCGGCGCCCUCCAAGCAGAGCUCGCUGUAUCUGGACGCGGCCAAAGACAGAGCACAGCUGACCUCUGCCGAGAGCAGGAGAGAGGAGGAGGCGGCUGUGAAAAUACAGAGCUCCUGGCGGGGGCAUCAAGUGAGAAAAUCACUGAAGCCAAACAAACCGGACGAUAAGCAGCCCGCAGCAAAAAGCUCAGAAUCGCCAGCAAAAGUUGCCAAGAACGAUAAACCGGGAGUUACUGAGGACACCAAGCCGCCCAAAACUCGAAAACGUGUCAGCAAGACGGCCACAAAGGUCGUUCACACAGCCCCCAAGGUCAAAGGAACGCGACCCAAGGAGACUAAAGCAGGCCCACGGAACCGGACCUCUACCAAGUAUAGCUACAACAUGGCACCGUCGCGUACCACCAGCAGGAGAAAACCCAGCGACACUACCCUGUGAACACUUGACCCUAAAAGGUCGUAUCCAAGGCCUGAUGUGGGUACAGUGUUUGGUGACGUGAGUGAAAUACCUAUCGACCUACAUAUAUAAAACCGAAGUGGUUGAA